AUGAUUUACACCAUUGGGCUACGAGGAUCCCUACUAGCAGCGCUCACAAUCUCUUCGCUCUGUCUUUCGGAUCCUCCAGCAGCGAUUGGCCUGACAAUCACCCAGCUGCUUUUGCCUCGUCGGCCACAUCUCUUUACGCCAGAUGGCAGAGCUGUGGACCUCGAAAAUAGUUCCUCGGCAUUUUAUAGGUAUACCAUGCAUUGGUGCACAAGUGCCCUGCAUCUAGCUGGCAAUCAUGUGAAGCUUGAUAAACUCCCUGCUCUGAACUAUUAUACUCGGUCGCAAAGCCAGUCACUUCUUCAGGUAGCAACCUCGAAGACUUCGUUGUGGUACCGCAUAUUAUAUGACCGCUUUGCCGGUUUCGCCAAACAAUGGAUCAUAAUGCUUAUAAGAUCUCUCGUUACAUUUGUGUCUCCUUAUUGUGUCAUGCGGCUUCUGAGGAGUCUGGAAGAACAGCUCGAAUCAAGGCACGAUGCUUGGUUUUGGCUGAUAGGGAUUGCUAUAUCGUGCUUAUGCCAAACCCUACUUCACCACCAUCUACUGUGGAUACAGUGGUCUGAAAUGGCAAUUCCUGUCAGGGCACAACUGAUCAUGGCAAUCUUUGCCAAAGCGCUGAAGAUGAAAGAUUAUAAAGACCCCCAAAGUCCUAAAGUCGAGAAGCCUGAAGCCAUUAAUCUCAUUUCAUCCGACAGUGCUUCUCUCAGUAAAUUCACAGCUGUCAACCAUUAUAUACCGGCCACGUUAUCCAAAUUUCUUUUUGCUGCGCUAUUUCUGGUACAAUUAGUUGAAUGGCAGGGUACCCUUGCUGCCUUGGUUGUUACUGCGAUAAGCGUACCGGUUCAUACAUUCGUUAUCAAGCAGGAGCGCAUGGCACAAAAGCAUCUUGCUGCAGCAAGAGAUAAGAAGACCAAAGCAAUUAACGAACUCAUGUAUGCACUUCGACAGAUCAAGUUCUCUGCUUCAGAAGCGCAGUGGGAGGACCGUUUGGAGACGUUCCGACAGGAUGAGCUUAAACAGCUACGCAGGGUCUUUGUUGCAAAGAACGUAAGAUCCGUAUGGUGCGUUGCGUCCCCAUUUAUUGUCGCCGCGGCUUCAAUCUCUAUGUACGCAUACACCACAAGCUCAAUUUCCCCUUCCAUUCUUUUCCCCAUGAUUGAACUUUUGCCCCAUCUUCAGUCAACACUGGGGUUUCUUCCUGUUGUAUUCAAUGAUUAUUUCGAAGCCAGGUCCAAUGGGAGCCGCAUAGAGAAUUAUUUGAGAAGACCGGAACACAAGACAGUGCUUACUCCUAGCUCAUCCGGCCAUAUUUCAUUUCAUAAUGCGACCAUUUCGUGGCCUUCCGAUGUGUUGCAACAGCAUCGCUUUUCUCUGAGCCAUAUCAAUGUGGAUUUUCGCGCUGGUGAGCUCAGCAUAAUAUAUGGAAAGACAGGAUCAGGAAAAAGUCUGGUGCUUGCUGCAAUUAUCGGAGAGGUUGACCUCCUGGAGGGUACUAUCAAAGCCCCAUCGAUGGCUGAAGGGCAAUCAGUUGCAUUCGUAUCGCAAACUCCGUGGCUUCAGAACACCACAAUAAGAGAAAAUAUUCUGUUUGGGAAUCCAAUGGACGACAAGAAGUAUGAGGAAGUACUGAAAGCCUGUGCACUAUAUCCCGACCUUGCUGCCUUGCCGAAGGGCGAUGAGACCCAGAUUGGCCUCCGGGGUGUCAAGCUCAGUGGAGGCCAACGCGCGAGACUUGCGCUUGCCAGAGCACUAUACUCAAGUGCACAGACAUUAGUACUCGAUGACAUAUUUGCUUCUCUUGAUGCUCAUGUCUCCAGGGAUAUCUGCAAGGCACUCACCGGUGCCCUUUGCAGAGGCCGCACGCGGAUCCUCGUAACUCACCAGGUAUCUCUGUGCCUGCCAGAAGCAAACUGUAUUGUCCAUGUAGAAAAUAAUACUGCAAAAUACGCAGAAGGAGCUGAAUUUGUUGUGGAAACGCAGAGUGAAGUCGAAACUGAAAACUCCAUGACAGCUGACCUUCCCAGACAGGAGAAAUCGAAAGAACGUGCAACCACGCUGACAAAAAGCAAAGGUCUUGACGCGCGUACAGACGCAAAGGUAUAUGAUAUAUACUUCACCGUGGCAGGUGGAUUGCGGUUCACUAUCAUAUAUCUUUUGGGCCUCGUCAUCAAACAGCUACUGGGCUCGUUGACGACGAGGACUUUGGGACGCAUUAAUUCGGCGCGUCCUGAGUCCAUCAGCUUAGAGACAGAUGUCCCACCAGUUGCUCCAUAUUCGAAGGGCGGGUGGGAGCAGUAUCUCUACCUUUAUCUGCUGGCUUCUACGACGACCGUACUUUUGGAAUUUCUAUUUAAUCUGCAUGCCUAUUCCGGCUCCUUACGUGCCUCUCAUUCACUGUUCCGCGCGGCUACGCUUAGAGUCCUCCGAAUGCCUCUACACUGGCUCGAUAGCACACCUAUUGGAGAGAUACUCAGGCGGCUCACUGUUGAUGCCAAAAAUGUCGAUGAUUAUGUUUUGGUCACCAUGUCUGAAUUUGCGGACAACUUUGUCCAGAUGACGUUGAUUGUGUGUGUGGGGUUCAAUACGUCUAAGUAUAUGAGUCUGCUGACAUUGACUCUCCUCUACUGGUGUAUAAAAGUUAGCAAGCUCUAUAUAAAAGCACGGACGACCGUCAAACGAGCCGACUCGGAACCUACUGCUGCUAUACUUGAACAUUUCACAUCCUCUGCAGCAGGGGUCAUGACGAUCCGGGCCUUUGGUGCAUCAGACCGGCUAGCUGCACAUAUGCAUGGGCACAUUGAUAGGUUGUCUACGGCUAGAAGACACUUCUUCAUAUUUAACCGCUGGCUUAGUCUCCAAAUGUCUCUCAUCGGCGUUAUCUUCAGCGUCGGAACGGGUAUUAUCCUAUUGUCAACUUCUACAGCCGAUGCAUUUUUAAUCGGAUACUGCCUCAGCUAUUCUGUGCAGUUAUCGCAGGCUAUGUUUAAGGCCAUCAAUAAUUAUGGGAUGCUUGAGACCUACAUGAACUCAGCCGGAAACAUUAUAGCUUACACCGAGCUGGAGCCAGAAAAGCAAGGUGGCCGCGAAGCUCCUAACAACUGGCCAUCGCUCGGGAAUAUUGAGGUCAAAUCACUUGGCGCUUCCUACGCACCCGGGCUCCCACUUGUUCUGGAAGACGUGUCGUUCAGUGUGAAGGGUCGUGAAAGAGUCGGUAUCGUAGGUCGGACUGGAGCCGGGAAAUCGUCACUAACACUGGCCUUGUUGCGUCUAAUUGAACCCCAGCAUGGUUCAAUAGUUGUUGACGGCAUUGACAUAACCACCCUGGCACUCCAAACCCUUCGAUCACGAAUCGCAUUUAUUCCUCAAGAUCCAGUACUUUUCUCCGGAACAGUGCGAUCUAAUCUAGAUUACAGCCAUCAAAUUUCAGAAGACAGACUCAAUGAUGCCUUACAGCGUGUCAAACUGCUCAGGGAUGACCCGGAAGAUGAAGACUCUGGACUCUUCACACUUGACUCGCGCAUAAGUGCUGGAGGAGCCAACAUGUCCCAAGGUCAACGACAACUCCUCUGCGUGGCACGAAUAUUGAUCAGUUAUCCCAAGAUCAUCAUCCUCGAUGAGGCUACUUCAGCGGUAGAUGAUGAGACAGAUCGGUGGAUUCAGGAUACUAUUAGGAGCCAGUUCAGCGGGACAUUGAUCGUGGUUGCGCAUCGACUGAGGACAAUCAGCUCGUUUGACAAGGUGAUUGCUAUGAGUGAAGGGAAGAUUGCCGAGAUGGGGUCACCGGCUGAGCUAUUAAGGAAGGAGGGGUUGUUCUAUGAUCUCGUUCAGAGUAGUGAGGACCGGGAGUACUUGAUGGAGACGAUUGGAUGAUAAACAUGGAGCCUCGGGAUGGAAUUGAUGGGAGAUUGCUGAGCAUCUCGGCAUUCAAGCCACACAGAUUAACUUUUCCAAAGGCGCUACCUUGAAAUGUUCGAGACUAGACCGGGUGGCUAGCGAAGGAAGCCGGCUGUAACCGUCGAGUAAACCAAUCCUACUCAGUUGAAUUACACACAGCUAACUAGUCGGAGACAAAGACGGGAGACGAUAAGUCUUGACCCUCGAAAAUCACGAGCUGAUAAGUAAGUAGUAAGCACAAGUAGUAAUAAAACAUCG